GUCACGUGUGCGUUUGCCAGCGGUCGUGGAGGCAUCAUGCACCUGCUGCUGCUGCUGCUGUAUUAAGUCAGCCUCGAGGAGUGUGAUCCAGGACUGCACGGACCUGAAGGAAGUGCCAAUAGGACUCGUUCACCUGUCUUCGUUAGGAGACUUAUAGGCCUCGCCUCGCCCACGCCCCGGCACGUCAGAGCCAGGAUGCGCACGCUGUGUGUGGCGGUGAUACUGGCCGCGUGGCUGGCGGCGGUGGCGGCGGAGAAGGUGAAGCCGUUCGUCUACGACGAGCUGUACAAGGACCCCUGCGACGACCCCAGCAAGGAGCCCCCGAGGAAGAGGAACUCCUGCAAUGGUAACGCCAUACUGCUGUGGGCAAGCAAGGGAAAGCACCGCAAAGUGAAGUACUUGCUUAAACAACCCGACACCGCCUACCUCAUCACCUACCAGGAAUCGAGGGGCUGGCGGAAGGGCUACACGGCGCUCCUGUGGGCCUCCGAGGCCAACAGCACCCGCACGGUCCUCAUGCUCCUCGACGCCGGGUCCAUCAUCGACCACAGGAGUUACGGAAACUUCACGGCCGUCUACCUGUUGGCGGAGAACAAUAACCUGGCUGGCGUGACCCGGAUCCUGGAGAUGGGCGCUGACCCCAACGUCGUGACCGCGAUGGGUUACACGGCGUUGUUUAUGGCCACGUGGAAUGGACAACCGCAGAUAGUCAAGGUUCUCCUCGACCACAAUGCCAACCCUAACUACACUACUCCUAAUACAAAAUACUUCCCGCUGUACAUCGCCUCCAAGAACGGACACAAGGAGAUCGUGGAGCAUCUCCUCGACGCCUACGCCAACUUCAACAUGCAGACGUCGUGGGGUGUGACGGCUCUACACGCGGCUACUUACUGGGGUCACUUGGAGGUCGUCAUUGCCUUGCUGGCCGCUGGAGCUGACACGGACAUGCAGGAAAAAGACGGUUUCACUCCGCUUCAUAAAGCCACCUACUACGAAUUCCCGGACAUCGUUAUGGCUUUGAUCGACUCGGGGGCGAACGUCGACUUACAGAGCAAAGAGGGCGACACACCGCUCAUCUACGCCGCCAAGAAGGGGAACGUCGACCUCAUCAACCUCCUGGUCAACGCCACCGCCAACCCGAACCUCCAGGAACACACAGGCAAGACGGCAUUACAUUGGGCCGUCAUUAACCGCAAGGCCAACUGCGUCAGGGCUCUUCUGUGGAGCUGCCCGGACCUCCUCAUCAGGGACCACGACGGGAUGACGGCAUACGAUAUCGCCCAGUACAAACCCAAGGAAGAGGUCCUCCAACUUCUGGAAGGUCACGACCCCUCCAACUGUACCAUGAAUCCUGAUUUCAUGAAUAAUGAAGUGUACUAGCGUCUCUGAGCCAACGUUAAGAGGCCCCGAGUGGAGUGAGGAGCUGCAAAGGGAAGAGGAAAAUGGAAAGACUCUUGCGUCCGUUUUGCUUCGAUGGCGUUCUAUUUUUUAUCAAAACCUGAAACAAAACAAAACAAAAAGUUCAUGCGAAAAGAAAACUGGAGAUGAGUUUCGAUGUUCUUCAAGCGUGUAAAUGGAGAUUGUAAGGGAAAAGGUUAUCAUUUCACUGAAUAAUAAAGAUAUUUAUAUCAAUAUUGUCCAGAUUACGGAAGUAAGACUUGUAAAUACACUUCAGCAGUCUUAGCAAAUUGUUAUAGCAUUAUCUAAGUCUGUGGAAUUAUAUGCAGUAUAGCACCAAAGAGAUACUGAGCAACUUAUAACUACUAGUCAGUAUCUUAACAGGGAUGGCUCGAAUGGCAUCCUAUUUAGACAAAGCUGACGCCACAAACCACGUGAUAUUCUGUGCCUUUAUAUUGCCCUAUUUUGCAGAAUAGGCCACUGAUUAUUAAUAUAAUUUGUGAUAACAGCAUUACCAAAUAUAUCAUUUACUGAAAUGCUUCGAAAAAAAAAAAAAAAAAUCUGUGUUUAGAAAUGCAUAUCGUCAUUUGCUUUUUGUUUAGUCAACUCUACCUCAUCUUACAAAGAUAU